AUGCGUAAGUGCAAGGUGUUCAUGGGCACUUCUCACCCAGAACUUGGGAAGUUAGUGUGUGAGAAGCUGGGCAUCGAGCCGGCGCCAUGUACACUGAAGAAGUUUGCCAACGGCGAAACGUCUGUACAAAUCGGGGUCUCUGUGCGUGAUGAGGAUGUAUACGUGAUCCAGUCGGGGUCGUCGACCAUCAAUGACCACAUUAUGGAGCUGCUCAUUCUAGUCUCCGCGUGUAAGGGGGGCUCUGCACGGAAGGUGACGGCAGUGAUUCCGCAGUUCCCAUACUCCAAGCAAUGCAAGAUGAAGAAGCACAGAGGCGCAAUCACAGCACGUAUGCUUGCGAACUUGCUGAUAAUAGCCGGCGCGGACCAUGUCGUGUCCAUGGACCUGCACGCCUCGCAGAUGCAGGGGUUCUUCACGAAGCCAGUGGACAACCUGUACGGUGGCCCCAGCCUGGCGAAAUGGAUCAGAGAGAAUGUGGAGGACUAUCAGCACGCUGUCGUAGUUUCAAAAAACCCUGGCGGUACGAAGCGUGUGACAGCGCUUGCUGAUUCGCUGAAGAUUAACUUCGCGAUGAUUCACACCGAUCGUCGUCGGUCCAAAGACCUUUACUCCCAGACCAAGGAUAUGAAGCAGUUGCGGAUGCGGAAGCAGUCCAUGCUACGGAAAAACAGGCCGAUUGUCAGGCCGGGUGCUGCUGAAGACGAGGAAGAGAAUAUCAUAUUGACCAACGGGAUCCAGACUGCUCGGAUUAUUAAUGGACAUGUUAUCGAUGAUGAUGUGGAUGAUGCAUACCAUUCGGAUGUCGUCGUUUCGGAUCAGGAAGGAUCUCUCGCAAGUGACUCGUAUCCCAUCGGUGGUAGUUACGAAGCCGCAGCCGACUCGGAAGAUGAAGAGGCACCACAGGAAAAGCAGGAAAAGCUUAUCACGUUAGUGGGUAACGUGAACGGGCGGUCUGCAAUCAUUCUGGAUGACAUGAUUGACAGACCCGGUUCCUUCAUCUCUGCUGCAGAGCAUAUGGUUAAGAAUUGUGGUGCGAAACGUGUUUAUGUUGUAGCCACACAUGGCAUCUUCACCGGCGACUGUUUAGAGCAGCUAGAACAGUCCGAUGCCGUGUACCAAGUCAUUGUUACCAACACGUAUCCAAUCAAUAGAGAUCGCAUGAAGCGCUCCCAAAAGCUGGUUGUUAUUGAUACGUCGUCUAUUUUUGCCGAAUGUAUCCGCCGCGAUCACUAUGGUGAAUCUAUAUCUGUUCUGUUUGAUUCACUAGCCUCGCUGUAG